CAUCCUACCACUUCCAACCCAACAUCCAUCCACCAUGCACGCCCCCUCGAUCAGCGGGAUGCGCACCGCCAUGCUGAGCGGACGCCUCACCUCCAAGACGCUGGGCCCCUUCGCCCACCCCAGCAGCUGCACCAACCCGUUGUAUCAAGCGCUCUCUCAGACCCGGACCGCAAGCACCUCCUCCAUGCGAGUCCGCAGCACACAGACCCUGAAGCCCACCACAGCUCUGCGUCCCUCGACGACGACAACGCAGCUCCCGAGCUCUCUGGUUCUCCGCCGCGCCAACUCCUCUGCCGCCGCCGCUGCCAAGAGCGAAACCGUCCGUCUCGACUGGGACUCGUUCUUCAAGCUCCGCGCUAGCCGCCGCCGGUACUCGCUCGCCUCGUCGAUCGUGAGCUCCCUGUUCACCACGGUCAUUGGUGUGCAGGUUCUCUCGACGCAGGAUCUGGAGUCCCUCGGGGCGCAGGUCAUGGGUCUUGAUCCGUUUGUGGUGCUGGGUAUGGCAACGGCGGCGUGCGGUGCGGCGGGUUGGCUUGUCGGUCCGUUUGUGGGGAAUGCUGUUUGGGGGUUGGUUUAUCGCAGAUAUAAGCCUGCUGUCAUGGUGAAAGAGAAGGAAUUCUUCGACCGCAUUAGACGCUUCCGUGUCGACCCCUCGUCCAACUCCAUUGCUAACCCCGUUCCUGAUUACUAUGGUGAGAAGAUCGGUAGUGUGCAAGGUUAUCGCCAGUGGUUGAAGGAUCAGCGGGCGUAUAACCGCAAGAGACGUCAUUUCAUCGUUUAGUUUAGUGGUUCUGUUUUGCAUGGGAUGCCUCUUUUUUUCUUUUGAGUGAUUGUUAUUAUGGCAUUCUCGAGAACCCCGUGGAUUGAGUUCUCUACUUCCUGUUUGUACGAAUAUUCAUAUCAGUGAGCGAUUUAAAAAUGAUUAUUGAAUAUGUU